GGUACAGGAUCAUUCGGCAAUGCUGUGCUAAAGCGUUUUUUAGACAGUGAUUUUAAAGAGAUCCGUAUCUUUAGUCGCGAUGAAAAAAAACAAGAUGAUAUGCGUAAAAAGUACCAAUCAUCUAAGCUUAAGUUUUACAUUGGCGAUGUCCGUGAUUUUAAUUCAGUUCUCAACGUAACACGUGGUGUGGAUUAUAUUUUUCAUGCGGCUGCACUCAAGCAAGUUCCUUCAUGUGAGUUCUAUCCUUUAGAAGCCGUUAAAACGAAUGUUUUAGGUACAGAAAAUUUACUCGAAGCCGCAAUUCAAAAUAAAGUUUCUCGUGUGGUGUGCUUAAGUACAGAUAAAGCUGUUUAUCCAAUCAAUGCUAUGGGGAUUUCCAAAGCAAUGAUGGAGAAAGUAAUGGUUGCAAAAUCACGUAAUCUUGAGGGAACAGGGACCGUCAUUUGUGGUACUCGUUAUGGCAAUGUGAUGGCGUCUCGAGGUUCAGUUAUUCCAUUAUUUGUCGACCAGAUACGAGCAGAGAAACCAAUUACGAUUACAGAUCCACAUAUGACUCGCUUCAUGAUGACACUUGAAGAUGCGGUUGAUCUUGUGCUGUAUGCUUUUAAUCAUGGUCAAAAUGGUGAUAUUUUCGUACAAAAAGCACCAGCAGCAACGAUUGAUACACUAGCACGUGCAAUCACACAAAUGCUUGAUAAGGAAGACCACCAAAUCAAUGUGAUUGGUACUCGUCAUGGUGAAAAAGCUUUCGAAGCACUUCUGAGUCGAGAAGAAAAAGCAUGUGCUGAAGACCUUGGAGAUUACUUUAGAGUCCCAGCAGAUCAGCGUGAUCUAAACUAUGAAAAAUAUAUUGAGGACGGCAAUACUAAAGUCGUCGAGUAUGAAGAUUAUAACUCACACAAUACAACACGUUUAGAUGUUGAAGUUUUGAUUACUGGUGCAAAUGGUUUUGUUGCGAAAAAUUUGAUUCAGUAUUUAUCUGAAAAAGAAAAUAUUGAAAUAUUGAAAUAUUAUCGCGAUUCAACUGAGCAAGAGUUAGAGCAAUUAGUUUUAGAUGCUGAAUGGAUUAUACAUUUAGCUGGUGUAAAUCGACCUAAAAACGAUGGUGAAUUUAUAGAAGGGAAUGUUUCACUUACUGAAAAAAUUUGUGACAUUCUACGAGAAAAUAAGAAAAAAACACCAAUUAUAUUAUCUUCUUCUAUUCAGGCAGAAAGAGAUAAUGUCUAUGGUCAAAGCAAACUUGGUGGCGAACAAGCAUUGACCAAAUUAAAUCAAGAAAAUGAGAAUCCAAUUUACAUUUCUAGAAUGGUCAAUAUUUUUGGUAAAUGGUCUAAACCGAACUAUAACUCAGCAGUUGCAACUUUUUGUUAUAACAUUGCAAAUGAUUUACCUAUACAAAUCAAUGAUCCAAAUGCAUUGAUUCGAUUGGUAUAUAUUGAUGAUGUCGUUGAAACGAUUUGGAAUAUUUUAAAUCAAAAAUAUCCAGCAAAUGAGCCAUUUGAAAUUAAACCUGAAUAUCAAAUUACAGUAGGACGACUUGCUGAAACAAUUUAUGGAUUUAAAGGUUCAAGAGAGUCUUUGAUUACGGAUCGAGUAGGUGUAGGUUUAACUCGUGCUUUGUAUUCAACAUACUUAAGUUUUUUUAGUCCUAAGCAGUUUGAUUAUACCGUAACGAAAUAUGGUGAUGAUCGUGGUGUAUUUGUUGAAAUGUUGAAAACUCCUGACGCAGGGCAAUUUUCAUAUUUUACAGCUCAUCCAGGCAUUACUCGUGGUGGGCAUUAUCACCAUACCAAGACGGAAAAAUUUUUGGUCAUUAAAGGGCAGGCCUUAUUUAAGUUUAAGCAUGUGAUUACGGGUGAAUUUUAUCAAUUAGAAACCUCUGGUGAAGAGCCUAGAAUCGUCGAAACAGUACCAGGUUGGACACAUGAUAUUACCAAUAUUGGUGAUGAUGAAAUGGUGGUAAUGUUAUGGGCAAAUGAAAUAUUUGACCGUUCAAAACCUGAUACAUAUGCAAUGCCAUUAUCUAAU